CAGACUCAAGAAACUCACUUUCCUGGAAACUCACCCAGAACCUCCACCCUCUGACACCAUGGUCAGCUCCUGUUGUGGCUCCGUCUGCUCUGACCAGAGCUGUGGCCGAAGUCUCUGCCAGGAGACCUGCUACCGGCCCAGCUACUGCCAGACCACCUGCUGCAGGACCACCUGCUACCGCCCCAGCUGUGGUGUGUCCAGUUGCUGUGGCCCUGUGUGCUGCCAGCCCACCUGCCCUCACCCCACCUGCUGCAUCUCUAGCUGCUACCACCCCUCCUGCUGUGUUUCCAGCUGUGGUUCCAGCUGCUACAGGCCGACCAGCUGCAUCUCCAGCAGCUGCAGGCCCCAGUGCUGCCAGCCUGUGUGCUGCCAGCCCACCUGCCCCCGCAUCUCCAGCUGCUGCCGCCCCUCUUGCUGUGGCUCCAGCUGCUGCCGCCCGAGCUGCUGCCUGCGCCCAGUGUGUGGCCGGGUCUCCUGCCACACCACUUGCUACCGCCCCACCUGUGUCAUCUCCACCUGCCCCCGCCCUGUGUGCUGUCCCUCCUCUUGCUGCUGAGCUCGCUGUCUUGUGACCACUGUCUCCACUUACCUCUGUCCCACAUAUGUAGAUCCUUUUUCGCGCUGACCCUUAGGACUCACGGAGUCUAGCUGACAUCAUUUGUUUAGUUGAAUCUCAUGAUUACAGUGGGUCCACCAUUGUUCUUCUGACUCCGUGAACAUAUGCUGGCUCUUUUAUAAUUCUCCCUUGUCAUAUUUUCCUUUCUAUAUCAGCACCAAAUAAGAAUUAAAUUGCAAUCCAUCAGAUAAGAAAUUAUCUCAGUCCUCUGAAUGUUUCAUUCUUCCUGAUAUUUUGGUCAUGCUCUGCAGGUGGUCCACAAGGUGGCUAUUAUCUGCAGGUGCUGAGUGGCACUGACUUGACACCCUGAGGUCGGGGGUAGGGGGGUCCAAUUUACCCUCUAUUUUCUCCUCAAGGGAAUUUCUUUUGUUUUGUCACUUCUCUGCGUUCUAAUAAACUUCCCUGCACAUAAAAAUUCA